AUGUUGACAGCCAGCCUUCUUUUGGCGGCCCUCACCAGCUCUGCCGUGGCCCAGGUUGCGACCGCCCCAGUCUCUGCGACUGCGGCCCAACCCUCGUCUGCCGUCGAGCCUGCCGACUUUGAUGUCCCCGACGCUCUGCUGCAGCUCGGUGUCAAUGUCAGCGCCAUUCCGCCUCUCGCCACCGCCGCCGACACCGACAGCGCUGGUGCCACGUCCAAGCGCUCCUCGACCGGAAAACCUUCGUCGCCGUGCUCCCUGGCGUGCGACGGCCUCGCGAUUCUCUACGGCAGCAAUUACGUGCUCGCCAAUGGCACCAGCACCUACUCGGCUUUCAUUGGCGCGUACUGGUCGCAGAACCAGGCAGAGGUUCAUCCCUACUGCGUGUUCAAGCCAAAGACAACCGCUGACGUCUCCAUUGCCGUCCUCGUCAACCGUCUAACCGGCUGCCCAUUUGCUGCCAAGAGCGGUGGUCACUCGGCCUACCGCGGCGCCGCCAACGUGCCCAGCGGCAUGACCAUUUCCUUUGCCAACCUCAACAACAUUCAGCUCUCCGCCGACAAGAGCACUGUGGCAGUCGGCCCAGGCAACGUCUGGGGCCAGGUCUAUGCCUACCUUGAUGCCUACGACUUAACCGUCAUUGGCGGCCGUCUGUACGACAUUGGCGUCGGCGGCCUGACCACCGGCGGCGGCAUUUCGUAUAUUUCCAACCUUCAUGGCUGGGCCUGUGACAAUGUCGAGAGUUACGACCUCGUUCUCGCCAGCGGCGUGCUUGUGCGCGCCAGUGCCACAGAGUAUUCCGACCUCUUCUGGGCGCUGCGUGGCGGCGGUAACAACUUUGGCCUCGUCGUCAACUUCAACCUACAAACCUACCCGUUGACCGACAACGGGGCCCUGUAUAUCGGAGCUCGCACUUACCUUGAGACCGAGUUUGACGCUGUUGACCAGGCCUUUUACAACCUCAUCGUCAACUCGGCUGACGACCCGAAUGCUGGUGCUUACGUCGUAUACGUCACUACUGGCGGCUCCAACAUCUGCGCUCCCACCUUUUACUAUGCCGACGCCGCCAACGGUGCCACGGCCGCCAUAUGGGACGAGUUCGAGGCCAUCCCCAACGUCGGCGACACCACCGGCAUUCAUAACAUUGUCACGUGGGCCGCCGAGAUCGCCAACGACAGCCCGCCCGGCCUGCGCGAGAUGUACUAUACCAUGUCUUUCAAGGCCGACCUCGACACGCUGGUCUUUGCACGCUCCUACUUUUUCGAGACCGUUGGUAACGUCACCAACAUCCCUGGCAUCGUGCCCAACAUCGUCUUCCAGGGCAUCACGACGCCCGAGUUGCAGCAGUUUUCCCGCAACGGCGGCAACGCGCUGGGCCUCACUGAGAGCGAUGGACCCAUGUUCAUUCUGCUGGUGGCCGCCAUGUGGGACAACGCCUCGGAUGAUGCCGCCGUGGCUGCCUUUGCAUCGGAUGUCCUGACCCAGGUCAAGGCCCAUGCCACGGCACGCGGUGUCCAGAUCGACUACGUCUACAUGAAUUACGCCAGUAUGUACCAGGAUGUCCUCAGCUCCUACGGCCCCGAGGUGCUUGCUCGCCUGCGCAAGGUCUCCAAAAAGUACGACCCCGCCCAGAUCUACCAGACCCUGCAGCCCGGCUACUUUAAGCUCAGCGGUGAACCUCCCGUUCCCAACUCGGGCUUCUACAACUAUUAA